AUGUCUGUAUAUGCCAAAUUCAUUCACGUUCUUAUAUUCAGCCAUUUUUUACUAACCGGAAUUCAUUCUUUUUCAACCGAAAACAAUAUUAUCGCCUGUAGUCCUUUGGAAACAACUUACAAGACUAAAGAUAGUACAUUGUUCAUAAAAGCAAUAUUUGCAAGUCUAUCACUCAUUUCCGGUUUAACCGCCCAAUAUGGAAAACAAAAGAAAAUAGCGAUGGAAUUGAAGACAACAAGUUAUUGGGGAGAAAAAGAAAAAUUUAGAAAAUAUCAGACAUUGGCGUUUUAUCUCAUUGUAUUUUACAACUGUACAUUAUUAACUGUAUCGGCUAUUACGAACCUAGUCCUUCUACGACGUUUCCAGAAUCGAACAAGUUACACCAGGGCCGUAUUCUGCGUUGUAUACAAUAACCUAUGCUUGAUAUUCGAAUAUGGUUUAAUAAGUUGGUUUUUCUCUGUUUGUAUGAUAAUUGGUUAUGCAAUAAAAAAGAGAUUUGAUGUCUUGUCUGUCGAAUUACAACAAAUAAAUUCUGUAGGGCUGAAAAGAAAUAUCAACGAAAUCAUUUGUAAGCACGUCGAAUUAUGCGAUUUCCUUCAAGAAAUUAACGAGAAAUGGAACGAAUAUAUAUUUUUCGAGUAUGGAAUCCUUUUGACCUUCGUUUCCUUGCUCAUAUACAACACCGUCUUUUGGGGUUCACAUUUACCGCUUCAAGUAUAUCUUAUGUUUUCUCUUUGCGCUGUAGUCUACGUUAUUUUCGGCUUCAUUGCUUCUUUCGUUGUUGCUCAAAUAAGCGCAUCGGCUUAUGGUUCGUUUCAAGAAAUAAGAAAGUUGGGAGCUGCUGCUUUAACUCUGGAAACUAAACUAAAGGUAAAAGAAUCUGGUAUAGAAGUCUUUAAUAACGUGUAA